AUGAAGGAAACAGUCAAAGAUUCCACCCCCAAGUGCAUCAAGGGCCUUGAGUUUGGGGUUCUCUCCGCCAAGGACAUUGUGGCCCAAUCAGAAGUCGAAUUGGUCAGUUCCAACUUGUAUAGUAAGGGACCCAAUGAGGCCAGAAUCGCCUUCAAAGAAGGUGCCUUGGACACCAGAAUGGGUAUAUCAUCUAAUGCUCAACAGUGUGGAACUUGUCAUGAGGAUUUAGCAUCAUGCCAUGGUCAUUUUGGUCACAUCAAGCUUGCAUUACCUGUUUUCCACGUGGGUUACUUCAAAUCGAUUUUACUGAUCUUGCAAUGUAUUUGUAAGAACUGUGCUUCGGUACUCUUGGAAGAAGAAGUUAAACGAAAGUUCUUGCUGGAUUUACGGAGACCCAACUUGGAUAAUUUACGUCGGAUGAAGAUCCUAAAGAAGAUCCUGGACCAAUGUAAGAAGCAAAGAAGAUGUCUUAAGUGUAAUCAUGUCAAUGGGGUGGUUAAAAAGGCUGCAAGUGGUGCAGGUCCAGCAGCUUUGAAGAUUGUUCAUGAUACCUUUAGAUGGAUUGGUAAAAAGGCGACUCCCGAGAAAGAGGAAUGGGAUAAGGAAUUUGAUGAAGUAUUCUUAAGAAACCCAGAGUUGGAGAAGUUUGCUAAAAGAGUAUUCGAAGAUUUGAACCCAUUAAAAGUGUUAAGUUUAUUCAAACAAAUAACUCCUAGUGAUUGUGAAUUAUUUGGUAUUGACACCGCCAGAGGUGGUAGACCUGAAAUGUACAUUUGGAGAUACUUACCUGCCCCUCCAGUUUGUAUUCGUCCUUCAGUUAUGAUGGACAAUCAAACAAAUGAAGAUGACAUCACGGUUAAACUCUCUGAAAUCAUCUAUAUGUCCCAGAAGAUUAGAGAGGGGGUUGAAGCAGGUAUCACCAUAACUCUUAUGAUGGAGCAUUGGGAUUAUUUGCAAUUAUCGGUGGCCAUGUAUAUCAAUUCAGAUUCAGCCAAUCCUGCAUUACUUGCAAGGCAAAGUGGGAACUCGGCCACGAAAUCGUCCAAACCAAUUAGAGGGUUCUGUCAAAGAUUAAAGGGGAAGCAAGGGAGAUUUAGAGGCAAUUUGUCUGGUAAGAGAGUUGACUUUUCAGGUAGAACAGUCAUUUCUCCAGAUCCAAAUUUAAGUAUUGAUCAAGUUGCUGUUCCUGAUAGAGUUGCCAAAGUAUUAACAUAUCCUGAGAAAUGUACCAGAUAUAAUAAGUCUAAGCUUCAGAAAUUAAUCCUAAAUGGUCCAGAUGUUCAUCCUGGUGCCAAUUAUUUGUUUAAGCAAGGUGAAAAUGGUAAGAGAAACUUGAGGUUUGGUGAUAGAGCUCAUUUGUCCAAGAAUUUAAGAAUUGGUGAUGUUGUUGAAAGACAUAUUGAAGAUGGAGAUGUUGUUUUAUUUAAUAGACAACCUUCACUUCAUAGGCUUUCUAUUUUAUCUCAUUAUGCCAAAAUUAGACCUUGGAGAACUUUCAGACUUAAUGAAUGUGUUUGUACACCUUAUAAUGCUGAUUUUGAUGGUGAUGAAAUGAACUUACAUGUUCCUCAAACUGAAGAAGCAAGAGCAGAAGCUAUUAAUUUAAUGGGAGUUAAGAAUAAUUUAUUAACUCCAAAAUCUGGUGAACCAAUCAUUGCUGCUACUCAAGAUUUUAUUACGGGAUCAUAUUUGAUUUCUCAUAAAGAUUCUUUCUUUGAUAGAAGUGGAUUGGUUCAAUUAUUGUGCAUGAUGUCAAAUGCCGAUGAGCAUUUUGACUUACCUCCUCCUACCAUAUUUAAACCAGUUAAAUUAUGGACAGGGAAACAAGUCUUUUCAUUAUUGAUUAGGCCUAAUAAGAAAUCAAAUGUUAUCAUUAAUGUUGAUGCAAAGAAUAAAACAUAUGUCCCCCCAUUAAAGGGGUUCCCACCGGAAAUGUCACCAAACGAUGGGUUUGUGGUUAUUAGAGGUUCACAAAUCUUGAGCGGAGUUAUGGAUAAAUCAACAUUGGGUGAUGGGAAGAAGCAUUCGGUUUUUUAUACCAUUUUAAGAGACUAUGGACCUGUGGAAGCAGCUAAGACAAUGAAUAGAAUGUCGAAAUUAUGUGCUAGAUUCUUGGGAGAUAGAGGAUUUUCAAUUGGUAUUAAUGAUGUGACUCCAGAUGAUCAUUUGAAGAGUCAAAAGGAAAAUAUGGUUGAACAAGCUUAUGCCAAGUGUGAUGAAUUAAUUGACUUAUAUAACAAGGGUAGCUUGGAAACACAACCUGGUUGUAACGAAGAACAAACAUUAGAAGCUAAAAUUGGUGGGUUGUUAUCAAAAGUUAGAGAACAAGUUGGUGAAAUUUGUAUUAAAGAAUUGGAUUCUCUCAAUGCUCCGUUAAUUAUGGCUACUUGUGGUUCUAAAGGUUCCACGUUAAAUGUUUCUCAAAUGGUGGCAGUUGUGGGUCAACAGAUUAUUUCUGGUAAUCGUGUGCCCGAUGGGUUCCAAGAUAGAUCUUUACCUCAUUUCCCUAAGAAUUCCAAGACCCCACAAUCGAAAGGGUUUGUUAGAAACUCUUUCUUUAGUGGUCUUUCUCCUCCUGAGUUUCUUUUCCAUGCUAUUUCAGGUAGAGAAGGGUUGGUUGAUACUGCAGUCAAGACAGCUGAAACUGGGUAUAUGUCCAGAAGAUUAAUGAAAUCUUUAGAAGAUUUAUCUGCUCAAUACGAUUCCACUGUUCGGAAUUCUUCAAAUGGGAUUGUUCAAUUUUCAUAUGGUGGUGAUGGGUUGGAUCCUUUCGAUAUGGAAGGUGAUGCCAAACCAGUUAACUUCAACAGGCAAUGGGACCAUGCAUACAAUCUUUCUUUUGAUAUCAACGAUAAGGGUUUAUUGCCCUAUGAGGUCAGUCAAUUGGUUGACACGGUUUUGGUACCAUUAGAACUCAAAUUGGUUAGAUUCGACAAUUUGGGUAAUACAGUAAGCCCUGGAGAUUUGGAUAGAAUUGAAUUUGUGGAUCAGCAUGAUGCCGAAAGAGACUUCUAUCAAUCCAUUAGAGAGUUUAUGAAUAAGAAAUCAACAGUAUUGGGACAAAUCCGAGAGAAAAUGGGAUUGCGGCCAUGGAUGCGUGCUCCAAUUGAUGAAGAUGGUGAUGAGAUUGAAAUUGAUGAAGAUGAAAUCAAAUUGAACUCUGUGAAUCAAUUGUGCAAACUUUCUGAAAAGGCAGUAUCUAAAUUCAUGGAACAAUGUAUUUAUAAGUACAAUAAGGCUAAGGUUGAGCCAGGCACUGCAGUUGGUGCUAUUGGUGCACAAUCUAUUGGUGAACCAGGUACUCAAAUGACAUUAAAGACUUUCCAUUUUGCGGGUGUUGCUUCUAUGAACGUUACAUUGGGUGUUCCUCGUAUUAAGGAAAUUAUUAAUGCCUCCAAGACCAUUUCGACUCCCAUCAUUAAUUCUGUAUUGGUUAAUGAUAAUGAUGAGAUUGCUGCUCGGGUGGUUAAAGGAAGAAUCGAGAAGACACUAUUGGAAGAUGUCACAUAUUACAUUGAAGAUGUUUACAAGAACAAUAUGGCGUAUUUAUCAUUGAAGAUUGACCUUCAAACCAUUGAAAAAUUACAAUUGGAGUUAUCUAUUGAUCAAAUAGCCAGAGCCAUUGCCGCUGCUCCAAAGUUGAAGAUCAUGCCUGCUGAUGUUAGUAUUACUGGAGAAGACAGAAUUAGUGUUUUGAUUACUGUGAGAGACUCUAAGGUUGAUUCUUUGAAGCAAGAGAUAAAUAAGAAUGCCAUCUUCUUUAGAAUGCAACAAUUGAAACGUGCUUUACCUCAUAUUUGUGUCAAGGGUUUGCCCAACAUCUCACGUGCGGUGAUCAACAUCAGGAACGACGGUAAGAGAGAAUUAUUGGUUGAAGGAUACGGAUUAAAGGACGUGAUGAGCACUGAAGGUGUGGUGGGUACUAAGACUGUCACAAACCACGUGUUGGAAGUGUUUGAAGUCCUUGGUAUUGAAGCAGCCAGAUCUUCUAUCAUUGGAGAAAUCGACUAUACCAUGAGUAAUCACGGUAUGAGUGUGGAUCCUCGUCAUAUCCAACUUUUAGGUGAUGUCAUGACUUACAAGGGAGAAGUCUUGGGUAUUACCAGAUUUGGGUUGGCCAAAAUGAGAGAUUCUGUUUUACAAUUGGCAUCGUUUGAGAAGACCACUGACCAUUUGUUUGAUGCGGCUUUCUUCAUGAAGAAGGACAAGAUAGAAGGGGUUUCGGAGUGUAUUAUCUUGGGACAAACCAUGAGUGUUGGUACUGGGGCUUUCAAGAUGGUUAAGAGUUCUAAUUAUACCGAACGAGACUUGAGCAAGAAGCCCACGUUGUUUGAGAAGUUCUGUGAUGCUCCACCAGUAGAAGCAUGUUAA